GCUGCUGCUGAGCUGCCCGCUCCUGCUGAGGGGAAGAGGAGGAAACAUGAGCUCCAGGAAAGUGAUGGCCAUCCAGGCCAGGAAAAGGAGGCCGAAGGGGAAGAAAGACAGAACGGGUCACCAUCGGAGGCCUGAGACCCAGCAGAAAGCCCCGGUGACUGCCCCUCCUCCCCCGCCGCCCCCUCCGCCUCCCCCUGAGCCGGCAGGGCCCCCGGAGCCGGAGGAGGAGAUCCUGGGCUCCGACGAUGAGGAGCAGGAGGACCCCGCAGACUACUGCAAAGGAGGGUACCAUCCGGUGAAGAUCGGGGAUUUGUUCAACGGGAGGUACCAUGUGAUCAGGAAGUUGGGGUGGGGCCACUUCUCCACCGUAUGGCUGUGCUGGGACAUACAAGUGAAGAACUUUGUGGCGAUGAAAGUGGUGAAGAGCGCCCAGCAUUACACAGAGACGGCCCUGGAUGAGAUCAAGCUGCUGCGAUGUGUGAGAGAGAGCGACCCCGGCGACCCCAACAAGGACAUGGUGGUUCAGCUGAUAGAUGACUUCAAGAUCUCUGGAGUCAACGGCAUACAUGUGUGUAUGGUGUUUGAGGUGCUAGGGCACCACCUGCUGAAGUGGAUUAUUAAAUCCAACUACCAAGGCCUGCCGCUGCCAUGUGUCAAGAGCAUUAUCAAACAGGUUCUGCAGGGUCUGGACUACCUCCACACUAAAUGUAAAAUCAUCCACACGGACAUCAAGCCGGAGAACAUCCUGAUGUGUGUAGAUGAUGCCUUUGUUAGGCGUAUGGCCAUGGAGGCCACUGAAUGGCAGAAAGCUGGCGCUCCCCCACCGUCUGGAUCAGCAGUUAGCACAGCCCCCCAGCUCAAACCGGUGAGUACAACAGAUGUGGGGAAGAUCUCCAAGAACAAGAAGAAGAAGCUGAAGAAGAAACAGAAGCGGCAGGCAGAGCUGCUGGAGAGGCGGAUGCUGGAGAUCGAAGCCCUGGAGAGAGAGGCCGAGAAGAAGGAGGAAAGAGCCAAAGACGGGGUGGAGAAAGGGGAGCACGAGCAGAACCCUUCACCCCGGAAGCCACACUUGGGCCCAAGCAUGGCUCUGGGAGAGAGCGACGAGGAUGACGAUGACGAGGAGGAUGGAGAGGAUGAGGAGGAGGAGGGAGGAGAGAGGGAGAGGGAGAGGCCCGUCAGGUUGACGAAUCAUACAUGCGCGGCGCCUCCCCAGGACCAGACCGACGCAGCCCACAUCAAUGAUGAUGACCCCGAUGAGGAGGUGGAAGACGACGAUGGGCCUACGCCUACUGCAGAAACACCUGGCCCGAUUACCCCCGCCACAGAAGAAGGUGAUGGAGAUCCCACACAAGCAGAGGUGGAGGACGAGGACGAAGCGGAGGAGGGGGAGGAGGAGGAGGAGGAGGAGGGGGAGGGAUUAAAAGGGGCAGAGGAUGAUAAUGAGGAAGAGGAGGCUAAGGAGAAGGUAGACGAGGAAGAUGAGGAGGAGGAGGAGGAGGAUGAGGAGGAAGAAGAUGAUGAUGAAGAAGAGGAAGAGGAGGAGGAGGAGGAGAAAGAGACUGAAAAAGAGGAGAAUGACAAAGAGGAACCAAAGUGUGAGAUCAAAACAGAGGCAGUGGUAGAAGAGGAUUCAAAGGAGCAGGAGGGUGAGGAUGAGGAGGAGGACGACGAUGAGGACGACGACGACGACGAGGAGUACGACGAUGACGACACAACAGCAGAGGUCUUGACGGAGUCCACCUCCCCCAUCAAACCCCACAACAACAAAACCAAUUCGGCCAAAACCAACGGUCACGUUUUGUUGGGGUCUGAGGGACUGAAACCCAACCUGGGCAAUCCUCCGCCUCCCUCGCCCACCCCCGAGCCUCUGCUCUGCCCCCUGGUGGAGUCAGAGCUCAGCUACACGGACAGGGACAACUCUCUCAGCUCCGGUUAUGAGAUGUAUAACGGUGACCUGGGCGAGCCGGUGUUGACCAACGGCGGCAGCGACCGCCAUCGUACCACCAUUCCUCACUUCCCUGAAUUGCCCCUGGAUCCUCUGCCAGGGAACCCCGUUUGCGUUGGAACGGCCGACAUUGGAGCAGGCCCGUCCCCCAACAGCCCCACCGCUGACCGCAGUCGCACUGUGUCGUCCUCGAGCACGGGAGACACACCCAAAGUCAGGGCCAGAGCUGCAGAUCUCCUGAUCAACCCACUAGACCCGCGCAACGCUGAAUCUAUUCGAGUCAAAAUCGCUGAUCUAGGAAAUGCCUGCUGGGUGCACAAGCACUUUACAGAGGACAUCCAGACAAGACAGUACCGUUCCAUUGAGGUCCUGAUAGGAGCCGGUUACAGCACUCCUGCAGACAUCUGGAGCACUGCCUGCAUGGCUUUUGAGCUGGCUACUGGAGAUUACUUGUUUGAGCCUCACUCUGGAGAGGACUACUCCCGUGAUGAGGACCACAUCGCUCUGAUCAUGGAGCUCCUUGGGAAGGUCCCACGCAAAGUGGUCGCUGGCGGGAAGUACAGCCGAGAGUUUUUCUCCAAGAAAGGUGAGCUGCGGCACAUCACCAAGCUGAAGCCGUGGUCCCUGUUUGACGUGCUGGUGGAGAAGUACGGCUGGGCACACGAAGACGCGGGCCACUUCACCCACUUCCUUCUGCCAAUGCUGGAGAUGGUGCCUGAGAAGAGGGCCUCGGCCGGUGAAUGCCUCAACCACCCCUGGCUCAACUCGUAGCCACAAUCUCUGAUCAGAAGCCCUCCUCCCCUUGUCCCCCAACAGUUAGCCCCAAACAUCAUCCCCCGGGUGGCAGCCUGUGGAACAACAUGGAGAGAAGCUGGCGACAAACAGCUGGAGUAGAUGAUUAAGACUUAUUCUUUCUUGCCCUAUCCCACACAUGCAUUUCGUGCUUGUCCGAGUAGGCUUAAGUCCCACACGAGCCCCUCAUCUUUUCCCAUAAGGAAUGUAAAGACAAGCUUGUGGAGACCACGUGACAUAGUAGCUGUGUCUUCCAAAACAUCUCCCAAAAAGACUUCAAACAAGGAUGAAGUGUGAGAGAUGAGCUUUUUUCUUCUUUUCUGCUGACAAGAUGUCAGCCAGUCCCUUCCAUCUAAUCUCCUCCGAAUUUUACCUUGUUUGGAUCCAGUCAUGGACCACUGACAGCCGCGGAUCUUUUCAGUGACGUGAAAGAAAAGUCAACAAAAAGCUCCUUCUGCCAUGACCUUUACAUAGCCAGGGCCUCAAAGACAGACGAGUUUGUGUGUUUUUGAGGGAGAUAAUGAGCCUGCGCUCAAGAUCUGCUCCUCUCUUUCCAGCCCAGUUGCCUCUUCUUUCCUCCCUCACCCUGCUAUGGAAGAAAGCACCCUCAUUGGACUAAAAGUUUACACCCUGAUUUCUUCCACAAGUCCAAUCCCAAAACCCCCCCUCGUACCUGUUUGGUUCCCUGUUUACUCCCCUCCUUAACGAGCUGCAUGCUCCUGCCAGGGGCCACCUCAGAGAACCGGAGGGCAGCCAGUCCUCCAGGGGGCACCACACUGACAGUUGCCACUCUGACUAAGACAGAAAACGGACGGGAUGAGCAAAAAAAUACAAUCAAUCCAACACGGAGGAGGACUGCUUGGUCUUUAAAGACUAUUUUUAAAAUGCAUGGAGAGACUGAUGGAUCAGCAUGAACGGAUAUGACAAAACGGGACGACGGAUGCGUUAUUUUAUUUGUGCAUUUCGCUGGUUUCUUUCCUGUUUCAUCACCUCUCUUGGACAUUCUGUUAGAAAUAAUUAUAUUAGGAUAUUUUGGUGCCCCCUUUGAGGAAGCUAACUAUGUUACAUCCCCCUCUUCUUCAGAUUUUGACAUUCCUAAAUCUUGGUCCUCCACCAUCAUUCCUGACUUUUAUUCCCAAGAACAAUUCUGUUGAGUCCUGUUGUGGCACGUUUACCUGAUCUGAUUGGUACUAUUCCCCUUUUUCCCCUAUAGAGGAACCCCUUUGAUCCCUGAGCUACUCCAGAAAGGGGAUGGUCACAUGGAGGUUGCACUUGUCUUUGUAGAUGUCCUUCAGGGAUUUGAAACCUUUGUACAUAGAACUGAGAUCUUGCAACGCAGAUAAGCGACCGUGGACAAAGUUUCAACACACAAGCAUCAUUCCAAAAAACAGGCUGUUGUUGGCAUAUCUCGACUUCCUCUGAUACAGUGGGGAGGGCGGCCGCCAUUGCUCUGGCCCUGGAGGAAUGUUCAGACUGAACUGUGCCACCUGGUGGCUGAAUGAGAGUACUGCAUUGCCACACACUGCUGCUGCUCUCAGUGCCAACGCUCCAAGACGUUCCACUAUAUCUCUCCACUUAAUCUCUAUUUCUCUGUCACACACAAACACACACACAGACACAAAAACAUCAUCACAAUUAGUCCAGUUGCCUAUUUUUCGCAAUAAAUGAAAAAAGAUGAGUAUAAGUAAAUGGUGAGAUAUUUUUAAAAACUAUUUAAUUCAUUAAAAAAAAAGAGGAAAAAAAGAAAACAACUUUUCUCUGGUUGUUGUGACCGUGACAGAAUCUCGUCUUAUACUGAGGUGAUUGUGUUUGUCUUUUAGAGAUGUUUUUAUUUCUUUUUGUCAUCAUUAUUAUUAUUAUUAUUAAUUAUUAUUAUUAUUAUUAUUAUUAUUGAAAGAUUUUUUUACACAGUUGUCACCUCUCCCCUCCCUCCAUACUUGAACAGUGCUGCUCUGUCUGGGCUCUUGAUGGUGAUAAAAAGAAAAAAAAAUCAACAGUUUUGCAAUAAAAGGUAUGUGAUGAGUUUUUUUUGUUUGUUUUUUUGCACCAAAACCUCCUGAUCUCACUCUUUCAGCCAUGCUGACUGUUCUUCCUGAUGACAUUGACAGAAUCGCGUCUCUUGUCUGUGUUUUUCAUUGACAGAUUUAAUAAAAUUGUAAAUUAAUGGA